CCAUAUUUUGUUGUGUAAACUGUACGCGUUGCGUUUUAUACUUAUAUUAAGAAUUUAAGAUGUUAAGUAUACAAAUCAUGGUAUUUUAUGUUACUGCAACAUUUUCCUACAAUGACGAGACAUGUACCAAAUACAAUUCUUGUUCAGAAAACCACAAUAAAUAUUCUAAAGACAGUAAUCAAUGGAAUUCAAAUGUUUUGAAAGAAAUUCGAGCUGCUAAUGCAGACUAUGUGCCCUGCGAACGGCAAAACUGUAGCUGCCACAAGUCCGUGGUUGAUCAAGAUUUAGCACCAUUUAAAGAUGGAAUUACGAAGGAAAUGUUUUCGCUCGCCCAGUCGAAGGCCACCAAAUAUCAGAUAAUUGAAGGUAAACUAUAUCGCCAAAAAGAUUGCCAUUUCCCAGCCAGAUGUUCGGGUAUAGAACAUUACUUGAAAGCUCUGGCACCAAAGUUGCCAAAUAUGGAGCUAGCCAUAAAUACACGAGAUUGGCCUCAAGUUAACCAUGUUUGGGGUCAUGUGAAGGCACCUGUAUUUUCAUUUAGCAAGACUAAGGAUUAUUAUGACAUUAUGUAUCCAGCAUGGAGUUUUUGGGAGGGUGGUCCAGCAAUAGCAUUAUAUCCUAAUGGAAUUGGACGGUGGGACAAACACAGAUUAUCCAUCUCUGCUGCUGCUGAAAGGUGGCCCUGGAGUAUGAAAGAACAGAAAGGUUUCUUCAGAGGUUCUAGGACAAGUGAUGAGCGAGAUGCACUUAUUCGCCUGUCUAGGGACAUGCCCAAUUUAGUUGAUGCCCAGUAUACAAAAAACCAGGCAUGGAAAUCAAAAGCGGACACGCUGGACGCGGAACCAGCUGCAGAGGUUUCAUUUGAAGACCAUUGCAAGUACAAGUAUCUAUUUAACUACAGAGGCGUCGCGGCGAGUUUCCGUUUCAAACAUCUGUUUCUCUGCAAGUCGUUAGUAUUUCACGUGGGAAACGAAUGGCAGGAAUUCUACUACGCACCUUUAAAGCCAUGGGUGCACUAUGUACCAUUAAGCCCAAAAGCUACCCAGACAGAUAUCGCCAAAUACAUCGAAUUUUUCCAAGAAAAUGAUUCGUUGGCGCAAGAGAUAGCAGAAAGAGGAUAUCAAUUUAUUUGGGAAAAAUUGACUGCUAAGGAUGUGAAAUGCUACUGGAGGCACUUGCUGAAAAAAUAUGUCAAAUUACUAAAGUACGACAUUGUAAGGGAUGAAGAUCUGAUCAAAAUCUCAUAGGUACUGAUAAAGUAAAGACCUGAAUCAUCUUGUACUCUACACUAAGAGAAGGCCUGCGCCUAGUGAUGGGGCUAAUAUAGGCUGGCGAAAACAUUAAAGAACAAGUUAUUGGUA